AGGUUGUCGUUUUUCACCGAGUUCCGAUAGCUGCGGAUAUUAAAUCGGAAACCCUUAUUACCUCUCCCCUCAAUAGACUUAUCUCCGUUUCGAAAAAUGCUCAAUUUAAAGCAAGGAUUUAAAAAAUGCUGAAACAAGUUUUACAGGAGUUUCAUUCACCAUGUUCCUAAAUAAAAGUGAUCGAUAAUAUUUUUCUUUUGAAAGAACAAAAAGUGUAGCGAAUCAGUUAUGAUUACAAUAAUAACUAAUUUACAUACGCUUGAAUAGUGUGUGAAAUUGAGAGCAUAAAAUGACGUAACCAUGUCAGGCGGCAACUCAUCAAAGGGCAAGUCCCACGCCCGCCACUCCGGCUGGGAGGAGGCGGGGGGAGAGUUCUACCAAGAAUUAUACCCUGGUGCCGAGCAAGAACUAUUCGAUAACCUACAGCGAGCCGAUGCUAACAAACUAGCAACGCUAUUGCCAUCCAAACAAGCCCGAACUACGACAGUGAAACGUGUGCGGUCUCAGAAUGAACGAAGACAAUCCACCUACGCGCGCACCACGCAGAGCCGCGACAUACAUCUGUCUAUGUUGCCGGACCUAUCAGAGAACCUGUCAAAUGAGGAACGAACAUGGGAGGAGAUCAUGCAGAUCAAGGCCAUGCCGGUGCCCAUGACCCAAAAAAGGGACCUCAAGGCCAGGCUACAGAAUGCUACAAAACUCCGCCUCGUUGGUUUCGAGCAGCUCCAAUGGCGUCAAAGAAAAGUAUGGCAUCGCUUCCGUAUCCGGUUCACAGAAGUAAUGGGAAAACUGGAACUUUGGCAGUCCCCCAUGCGAGAGAUAGAGGGCAGCUUCGGCACUGGUGUAGUAUCAUACUUCCUAUUCCUACGUUGGUUACUAUUCCUAAACCUAGUAAUAUCACUAGUAGUAGUUACCUUCCUAAUAUUACCAAAGACUUUACUAGUCGAAGACACUCAAGAAUGUAAUGAGAACUUCCCUAACUCGACUGAAUGUUGCUCCGAAGCGUAUUUGGAAAAGAAUUUAACUGACAGUAAUAUUUUUUUUGAUGUAAUACAAGGCACUGGAUGGAUGGAAAGGACCUUCUUGUUCUACGGUGUGUAUAGCAACCAAAUAUAUACGUACUUCUUAGAGGGUUUGCUGAAUUCAGGUAUGUAUUAUAACAUGCCCUUGGCUUAUAUAUUAGUACCUAUCUCUUGGGCGUUAUUAUCUUUGAUAGCUAUAGUCAAAACCGGAGCGAAAGGAUUCAAAGAAAGGUUAGUAGAAAGCGAGGGACAAUUCUACAUGUAUUGUAACCUGGUGUUUGGGGGAUGGGAUUUCUGCAUACAUAAUGAUAAGUCGGCGAAAAUAAAACACAAAGCGAUAUACAACGAAGUCAAAGGAUGUCUUGAACAGGAGAGGUUUAAAGAGGAAAAGCAACUUAGAAGCAAGGAAACUCAAAUACUGUUGCAUUUAAAACGAAUUUUCAUCAAUUUGAUCGUGUUUGCCAUAUUAAUAGCUUCAGGCAUACUUAUCUAUUUAACAUUUAACUAUACUAUAGAUAAACUCGGAGAGUUAUUAACAGACUCGAAUUUGCAAUCGAAUUACGAAUCUGCUAAUGCAACGCAAGCGCAACCUAUAACCUUAAGAUUAUUCAGAGAAGGAUCAUAUUCCUUUAGCCAGUUGCAAACCACCUUACUCGAGUUUCUUCCAUACAUUUGCAUCGUCGCUUUGAAUAUUAUUGUACCAGAACUAUUCAGCUAUUUAAUCAAAUUUGAAGAUUAUACUCCAGCGAGUGUUAUAAUAGUAACAUUGCUCAGGACAGUACUGCUCAGACUAUCUUCCUUAGGCGUUCUAUUAAGCCAAAUAUAUCACAGAAUCACAGGGAAACACGGUGGAGUUUGUGCAUAUAACAACGAUGAUUCUCUUGCCUUAGAAUGCUGGGAAACUUACGUAGGCCAACAACUGUACAAGUUGAUACUUACCGAUUUCGCGUUGCAAUUCUUCACAACAUUCUUUAUCAAUUUACCUAGAGCUUUCAUAGCUCGGCAUACUGUUAGUCGGUGCUUUAAAAUCAUUGGCGAACAAGAUUUUUAUUUACCUAAACAUGUGUUAGACAUAGUUUAUACGCAAACUAUAAUCUGGAUGGGUACUUUCUUCUGUCCAUUUCUACCUAUAAUCGGGACUGUGUUUUACUUUAUAAUAUUCUACGUGAAAAAAUUCACUUGCUUGGUCAAUUGCACGCCUUCACCAGUUGUGUAUAAAGCGUCUAAAUCCAAAAGUCUUUUCAUGUCAGUGUUGCUACUAGGUUUCGUUGUGUCUAUCGUCCCGGUGGCUUAUUCUAUCGCUGAAAUAUAUCCUUCAGUUAACUGUGGACCUUAUAGAGGUUUGACAACUGUUUGGUCAUUCGCUGUACACACUUUCGUAAGUUUACCGCCCGCUAUAAGAGAGUUCGUCUUCUUCAUAGGAACGUCCACUUUCGCGAUUCCAGCGUUCGCUGUUAUGCUUUUCGCUUUAUACUACUAUUGGGCUGUAGCGGCAGCCAAUAGGCAUAUGGUGGUAGUUUUAAAGAAUCAACUAGUCCUCGAAGGGCAUGAUAAGCAGUUCUUACUGAACAGAUUGAGCGCGUUCAUAAGACAGCAUCAGAAAAGGUGUGAGAGGAGGAAUAGAGCCAGUUUUGCAGACGACGAUUCGUCUAUUAGGCAGAGUUCUAGGUAGUCUGGUUUUUAGGGUUCCGUACCCAAAGGGACCCUAUUAAAAAGACUCCACUGUCCGUCUGUCUGUCUGUCACCCGGCUGUAUCUCAUGAUCCGUGAUAGCUAGACAGUUGACAUUUUCGCAGAUGAUGUAUUUCUGUUGCCGCUAUAACAACAAAUACUAAAAAGUACGGAACCCUCAGUGGGCGAGUCCGACUCACACUUGUCCGGUUUUAAGCGAUGUUAGAACUUAUUGUACAGUACUGUUACGUCGCUGGCGCUAAAAAAUCUACACACAAUAGGGAAUAUGACGCGAAACUGCGUAGAGGGCGUCACUAGCACGAUCACAGGGCCUACCGCGAAACACGAAAAUCGAAAGUUAGGUUUCUGCCUCUCUAUCACUCUUGCAAAUUCGAUCGAUAGAGAGGCAGAUAACGAAAUUUCGAUUGUAAGCAAACCGCCUUGAUGCAUUAACGUCACAGUGAGAACUUGUCAAAAAACUGUUUAAGGUACAUUAUGUAUAAGUUACUCUAUGGUUUUCAAUAGGUGCUAGUGCUGCACUCUGGCGGCAGAAUUUUGCAGUAAUACUCCCUAUUGUGUUUAAAGUCCGUCUAAGCUAACUUUGUACCGACUUAAAAAGAACAAACUAAGAAAGCGUCAUUAUAUUCGUCAUUAUUUUAUAGAAAUUUGACAUUAAAUGUUUGUCUUUGCCACACUCUGUCAUUGUAAAUGCCAUGCAGAGUUAGCUUGGUCCGAAUCUAUCAAAAAAAGUAGUGUAUAUUUUAAAAUCUUUUCGCACGCUUAUACGUUGAGACUAUCUUGGUGUUUACUUCAAGAUUUGUUGUAUUUUACUCUAAAUUAUUAUGAAGGCAUGAAUGAUUUCAAGAAUUAUAUUACACGGUAAACAUUUUUGCAUUGCUAAAAAUAAAAUAAAAGAGAUAUACAUGUAUAAUAAACAUAUUGUACGGAUGUAUCUUUCUCUAAAAGAUUUGUAAGAUAAGUAAUAUCAGAAAUUGAAUGAAAUAUCGGUGUAUAUUAUGUAAUAAGAUGAUUUUGAAGACUUGUUCUUAUCGAAAUUAUGUCAAACAUCGAUUUGACUAUAGCCCCAAAUUAUUUAUAUUAUAAAUUAUUUAUUUCUAAUACGUGUUUUUAUACAUUGUCCUUUUUUAUAAAUUUUCGCUCACAUUAUCUUCCAUUUUACGCGAAUUCUCUUUUUAAUAUUUAAAUUUUGUAUUAUAACUACUGUAAUU